CGCUCGGUUCCUCCGCAGUGGAAGGAGCAGCUGCUUCAUCAGACUGAUGGAUUAACUUGGAACUCUUUUUAUUUACACAGGCUGAGCAGCUGGACUGAAGAAUGUCCCUGUGGUGGUUAGUGAAGGGUUUCAUUGUUAUGUUGGCCCUGUCAAGCGCAGCCAGAUGCCAAAACAGGAGGAAAGGACAGAAAGAUGAUAACCAGAUCAUCACUAAUGAGGCCAAACCCUUGUUCUGUCCAGUGGAGGUCAUGUUCAUUGUGGACAGUUCAGAGAAGGCCAAAACUCUGCUGUUUGAACAACAAAAGAAGUUCAUCCUGCGUUUCAGCACCAAGCUCAUGCAGCUCCGCUCUGCCGGCUGGCGGUUGCGGUUGCGUCUGGCCGCUCUACAGUACAGCAGCACAGUUUCUGUGGAGCACAACUUCAGAGACUGGCAGGACCUAGAUGUCUUCCAGGGCCAGGUUGGUGCAAUGACCUUCAUUGGCCAUGGUACCUACUCCGCCUAUGGCAUCACUAAUGCCACCCAGAUUUUCAGCCGUGAGACGUCUUCCAGCAGUUUGAGGGUGGUGCUGUUGAUGACAGGUGGAAUAGACCACCCUCGCAGCCCCAGCCCUGUGACAGCUGCUGCUGAGGCUAAACAGCACAACAUCAGGGUUUUCACCAUCUGGCUGUCAGGCCUGCCCAAGGAUGGUGCCAUGGAUGCAAAGCUGCGCUCCAUUGCCAGUGCCCCCCCACAGCGACAUGUCUUCAGCCUCACCGAUAGCCAGUUGGAUGACAGGCUCUACAGUGAAAUGAACACAUUGGUCAAAACUGGGUGCCCACAGCCAAAGACCUGCCUGUGUGAGAGGGGAGAAAGCGGUCACCCUGGAGCUCCAGGGAAACCAGGGGAGCCAGGGUCUGACGGAGUGCCAGGCCCAAAGGGAUCUCGUGGGGAAUCUGGCAUUAACGGACGUCCAGGAAUGGAGGGGCUUGAGGGUCGACCUGGCAUCAAAGGGGAAAUGGGAGAAAAGGGUGAAUGUGGUGCCCCCGGUAAAAAGGGAGAACAAGGUGCUAAUGGACCAGCUGGCCCCAGAGGCCCCAAGGGAAAGCAGGGAGCCAGGGGAGAACCUGGAGACCAAGGUCCAGAGGGGCCAUCUGGAUAUAAAGGUGAGCAAGGACCAACAGGUACACGUGGACCUCCAGGAGAUAGCGGUGUUGGCUUUCCAGGGCCCAAGGGUGACAAGGGGAACCAAGGAAGACCAGGUCCAACUGGACCGGUGGGUAUGGGAGAACCAGGGAUGAUGGGUCCAGCAGGGCCACCAGGAAUGCAAGGAUCUCCGGGGUUUCCAGGUGUGGGUCUCCUAGGAGCUAAGGGUGACAGGGGCUAUGAGGGUCCUAAGGGCAGCCGAGGACGUCCAGGGGUAGGGUACAAAGGUGAUCAGGGAAACACAGGAGCCCCCGGCCUGCCAGGUUUGGUGGGGUUUCCAGGGGAAGACAUCCGAGGAGAAAAGGGCGACGAAGGGCCCACUGGGCCUUCUGGCCCCUGGGGACCUGCUGGACUGGGUAUAGUUGGACCAAAGGGUGACCAGGGUUUCCCCGGAGAGCCUGGACCUCCAGGAGAGAGGGGCACUGGGGAGCCAGGACCAAAGGGAGAGAUGGGGUUGCCAGGUUUGCAAGGUCAAGAGGGGACACUGGGAAAAGGCAUCCCUGGAGAAAAGGGAGAAAGAGGUGAACAUGGGCCAAGGGGAUUUUCAGGGUCUCCAGGCCCAGCUGGACCUGCUGGAGCAAAGGGAGAGCCUGGCAGCCCAGGAAUAUUGGGCCUACCUGGACCUGCUGGACAUGGCUUACCAGGACCAAAGGGAGAUCCUGGGCCUGUGGGACCAGCUGGACCUGUUGGAGAGCCCGGAGUAGGAAUCAUUGGGCCGAAGGGUAGCAAAGGAAAUCCUGGGCCUGUGGGGCCACGAGGGAUGAAGGGGGAUGGCUUCCCAGGACCAGAGGGGCUGCCUGGCUUACCAGGAGUGCAAGGGGAGAUGGGACCUGAAGGGAACGGCCUACCUGGAACUAAGGGUGACAGAGGGUUACCAGGGGUCCUGGGGCCAUCAGGUCCUCCUGGAAUCAGACUUUAUGGACUGAAGGGUGUUACAGGGCAGCCUGGUCCACCAGGCCUGCCAGGGCUUCCAGGAGAGGGCAUCCAGGGAACAAAGGGAGAACCUGGGUUUCAGGGGCCAGUGGGCCCUCGGGGGGCACCAGGGGAUGGCCUUCCAGGGGAGAAGGGUGACAGAGAUGGAGAACCUGGAUCUGCUGGACCAAAUGGCAGGCUGGGAGAAAAGGGGGAACCUGGACUGACAAGAGAAGAGGUCAUCACAAUAAUAAGGGAAAUCUGUGGCUGUGGUCUGCAUUGCAGAGAGAGCCCUCUGGAACUGGUGUUUGUGAUAGACAGCUCUGAAAGCGUGGGACCAGAAAACUUUGAGCUGGUGAAGGACUUUGUGAAUGCUCUUAUCGACCGGAUGUCGGUAAGCCAAGAAGCCAGCCAGAUUGGCGUGGUGCUCUACAGCCAUGUGGACAUGGUGGUGGUCAGCCUUCAGCAGCAGCCCAGCCAGGAUGACAUCAAGGCCACUAUCAGGAAGAUGCCCUACCUGGGUGAGGGCACCUUCACGGGCAGGGCCAUCCAUCGAGCCAAUCAGCUGUUCCGGGCCUCACGACCGGGCGUGAGGAAAAUGGCUGUGGUUUUAACGGAUGGGCAGGCUGACCCCCGUGACGUUGUGCAGCUUGAAGAAACAGCCACAGAGGCACAUGCAGAGGGAAUUGAGAUGUUUGUUAUAGGAGUCAUGAACAAGACCAACCCUUUGUAUGAAGAGUUCCAGGCUGAAAUGGAUGUUAUUGCCUCUGAUCCUGAUGAAGAGCAUGUCUACCUUAUAGACGACUACAGGGCACUUCCCAAUCUGGAAAGCAACAUACUCGGUCAGUUAUGUGAGCAGGAUGACACAAUGUCCUUUCUACCCAGUUUUGUCUUUCCUUCUGUGGAAAUCUACCCAGAGGCUCCAGACAAAAGCCAUAACAAAGAGUUGCCAGAGGAGGAGGACAUACAACUUGAACUCCCAUUGGAGCCAGUCACUGCCCUGACUCCACAGUCUCCCGAGUCAGAGCAAUGCAGUGAGAAUUUGGUUGACACUAAACCACUGGUAGAUCCCUGGAACAGACAGCCUGAAUCUCCUGGUAGCAGAGGGAAGCAGGGCCCAGGGGUAACAUCCAUGGUGGGCCCUCAGACUCCAAUCAAACAGGUGCUGCUCAACCAGCCUACUCCAGCCCUGACAGACUUACAGGUGCCAGGUGAGGGGUGCAGUCAGCCUCUGGAGCCAGGUCCCUGUCGGCAGUACGUGAUCAAGUGGUACUAUGACCCAGAGGCCAACGCCUGUGCCCAGUUCUGGUAUGGAGGUUGUCAGGGCAAUGCUAACAACUUUGAGACUGAAGCCAGUUGCUGGAAUUCCUGUGUCUACACAUAACAAACUUUGGAGAAAAUGGUGUGUAUAAAGCUAACAUGCUCCAUCAGUGUCACUGAGGAAUAGAACGAUAACACAGGCUUGACCAGAGCUCAGGUCAGCAGCAGCAGCAGCAGCAGCUGCUGUGGUCACACUGUGGACUGCUGCCAGCAAAGGCAAUGAUGGAGAGCAGACACAGAUCUCCCCCCUGUCUCCCAGGCUAUGCUCACACUGCAGGUGCUCCUGUUCAAUUCUGAACCACUUUACAUUACAAAUAGCUGCCUGACUGUUUUGGAGAAAUAUCUGUCUGAGAAUGUCAAGCAACAGAAAACCAGUAUAAGCUGACAGGAGCAUCAAAAAGACUGGUUCAACAUAGCAUCUCUAAUGCAGUUUAUUUUAUUUUCACUAUCACUUUUUUAAUUUUUUUCUUUUGCUGUCUAGUUCUUCUCCAGAUGAACACUUUACCCCAGCCUUUAAUAACCUGGGGCCUGUAUCACAAAGCAAGUUAAUCUCACACUGUCUACACAGGAGGCUUGGCAUGAGUGGCAUGUUAGCAGAGCACCAGUAGCAGCUCUGGUACUCCAUGUGUGUUGAUACAGGAGAACCUCAGGCAAAGUACUAAUGAUUUACAUUCUGGGAGCAUUUAGAGGCCAAUACACAAUGUUUAUAUUUACAAUCUAUAAUUCUUGUUACUGUGUUACUAUGAAAUCUCUUGCAUGUCUGUCCAUCCUGGAAGUGGGAUCCCUCCUCUGUUAUUCUUCUUGAGGCUGAGAUGGUUAACUGGAAGACAUGGCUGAAACACUUUCAUCGGUCUGUCUCUUUUAGGGUUACCUGACUUCUCUCAGCUUAACACUGGUGACCCUGGAUAACUGGGCUCAGCUGCUAAUCACUAAUCUGAGGGUCAGUGUUUAUGAUUACAAACCAUCACAGUCAAUUUCAGUACCAUUAGAGUAGAACCUGAACAGAAUAGCUGUAGGAAAAUAAGGAAUAUCCCAAAAUUAAAAGUAAUAUAACCAGGAUGGGACUUAUCAAAUAGGCAUUUUUAAAUCUGGCUGGCAUUUUCAACUUGUUAAGUAAUCUAGACUAGUGAGUAUGGAAAAUAAAUGAAUUAUCUAUAGGCUGAUUGUUCAUGUACAGUAUUUCUAUAAUUAUAUUUUGAUGCUGUUGAUGCUUGAUGCUGUCUCAUAAUGAACAAACUAUUGUGAAUAAGUGAUACACCAAAAAACAGAGGAAAUGAUCUCUCGGCAAGGCACUGAAAUUUAUAAUUAACUGUGAACUAAGUAAAAGUAUGCGCAGCUAAAAUCCC